AUGAGCGAAGCAGAUGUGUUCCUGACACGCCAUGGUGCGCGUAUUGACAAAGAAGACAGGCACUGGCUGGCGAAGGCGGGCCACGGCCGCCGCGACGACCCGCAGCUCUCGGCGGCUGGACAUUUGGGCGCGGCGGAGCUGGCAGCGAAGUGCGCGGAGCUGCACGAGGAAAGGCCCUUCGCCCACAUCAUCAGCUCGCCGUUUGUGCGCUGUAUUGAGACGGCGGUGCCCGUGGCCCAGCGAUUGGGCCUUCCAAUCAAGGUCGAGCCGGGCAUUUGCGAGAUCCUGCAGGUCUUCCCGCCAGGCUUCCUGGACGCCGAGGAUCUGGAGAAGCAGUUCAAGUGCAUCGAUCUCUCCUACGAGCCCCACACGCUGCGCGGCGCCCUGCGCGGCGAAGCCUCGGAUGGCCAGGCGGCGCAGCGCGCCGCCCGCACCGCCCUGGCGCUGAGGGAGAAACUGCCUGGGCGCAUUCUUUUUGUCGGUCAUGGCGCAUCCUGCCUGGGAAUUGCCAGCGCUUUUGGCCGCGACGACUAUGUGGGCUACACCAGCUUGAGCCAUUUCGUGUUUGACGGCACUUGGAAGGUUCAGAGCUUCGGUGUUGUGGACCACUUGAGUGCAAGUUCCCCAGCUGCCACCAGCUACGAGCGCCUGGAUGCAGAGAAUGACCAGCGCCUGCGCUCCUUCAAACAGGGCGAGUCCCUGGGGCGUGGAGCCUACGGUGAAGUGUUCAAGGCGAUGGUGGCCGGGAGGUUCAUGGCGGUCAAAAAGAUCCCAUUGGACUUCAGCCUGGCUCAGAAGCAAGCUGAGCGGGAGGCCAAUGUCCUCUUGCAAGAGAUCAAUACCCUGAAACGAUUGAAGCAUCCCAGGAUUGUCCGGUACCACGGCUGUAUCCGGAUGCACUCUGAGGAGGACCCAGCACUGCUGAUCUUCCUGGAGUACAUGCCCAGCGGCUCCAUCAAAGCGGUGCUGCAAAAGUUUGGUGCGUAUGGGAUUCGCCUGGUGAAGAAGUACACGAGGCAAAUCUUGGAGGGCCUCGAUUUCCUCCACAACGAGAAGAUCGUCCACCGGGAUGUGAAAGGCGCAAACAUCCUCAUCGACGCUUCUGGGAAUGCGAAGUUGGCGGACUUUGGCGCUUGCAUGCAGCUGGAGGUAAUCGUUGCCCCGGCUGAUUCUCGUCAGCAGCUGGUGGACGUUCCCUUGCUGCCGUAUGGCCCAAGAGCUGUGAUUGUCAAUGACCAGAUGGCACUCUCCACCCAGAGCAGCGGCCUGGGCCGGCGCGGCUUGGCGCAGCACCGAUGGCCGCGCGGGCCGAGCGCGGGGGUGGUGGUGCUGUGCAGCGAGGAUGGUGAGGCCACAGAAGCUGAACCAGCGUCCGAGGAGAAGAGCGCGGACGAGAAGGAGCCUGAACAAAAGAGAGAGGCGAGCGAAGAAAAGCAGGAGGAGAAAAAGGAGGAGAAGAAAGAGGAGAAGAAAGAGGAGAAGACGGAAGAGAAGAAGGAGGAGAAAUCGGAAGAGAAGAAGGAGGAAAAGGAGGAACAGAAGGAAGAGAAGCCGGAAGAGACGAAGGAGGAGAAGGAGGAGAAGAAGGAGGAGAAGAAGGAGGAGAAGAAGGAGGAGAAGGAGGAGAAGCCGGAAGAGAAGGAGGAGAAGAAGGAGGAGAAGACUGAAGAGAAGUCGGAAGAGAAGCAGGAGGAGAAGAAGGAGGAGAAGCCGGAAGAGAAGGAUGAGAAGCCGCAAGAGAAGGAGGAGAAGCCGAAAGAGAAGCCGGAAGAGAAGGAGGAGAAGAAGGAGGAGAAGCCGGAAGCUCAGAAGGAGGAGAAGAAGGAGGAGAAGCCAGAAGAGAAGAAGGAGGAGAAGGCGGAGGAGAAGAAGGAAGCAAAGGAGGAACAGAAGGAAGAGAAGCCGGACGAGACGAAGGAGGAGAAGAAGGAGGAGAAGCCGGAAGAGAAGAAGGAGGAGAAACCGGAAGAGAAGAAGGAGAAGAAGGAGGAGAAGCCGGAAGAGAAGGCGGAGAAGAAGGAGGAGAAGCCGGAAGAGAAGAAGGAGGAGAAGCCGAAAGAGAAGCUGGAAGAGAAGUCGGAGAAGAAGGAGGAGAAGCCGGAAGAGAAGAAGGAGGAGAAGCCGAAAGAGAAGCCGGAAGAGAAGAAGGAGGAGAAGAAGGAGGAGAAACCAGAGGAGAAGUCGGAGGAAAAGAAGGAGGAAAAGAAGGAGGAGAAGCCGGACGAGAAGAAGGAGGAGAAACCGGAAGAGAAGAAGGAAGAACAGAAGGAGGAGAAGACAUCGCCAGAGGAGUUUCAGGACAGCAAAGAAUCCGAGAAGGAGCCAACGCUUUUUUCGGAGGCGAAAGCGCGAAAGGCGGACUUGGAGCUGCCACCGCGUGAGACGACGGAGGAUGAGGUGAACCAACAGGCCGCAGAGGUGGCCCAAGUCUUGGCCGCGCAAGAGCAGUCCGAAGAGGCAGCGGGCAAGAGCUCGGGCAUCUUAGGGAAAGUACUUCGAGAGAUGAAGGAGGAAGUGAAAGAACUCUUCUACACUUUUCCCCAGGAGGCGAAAGCGCGAAAGGCGGACUUGGAGCUGCCACCGCGUGAGACGACGGAGGCUGAGGUGAACCAACAGGCCGCAGAGGUGGCCCAAGUCUUGGCCGCGCAAGAGCAGUCCGAAGAGGCAGCGGGCAAGAGCUCGGGCAUCUCAGGAAAAGAACUUCGAGAGAUGAAGGAGCAAGUGAAAGAACUCUUCGAUUGGAAUCGUGCCUGGUACCCCAUCGCGCCCUUGGACUACCUGCACUCGGAUCGGCCCAAUCCGGUGAAGCUGCUGGGGAAGCGGAUGGUCCUUUGGUGCUCCGACCCGGAGAAGAAGACCUGGCACGCAGCACUGGACUCGUGUCCACACCGCAUGGCCCCCUUGUCCAUUGGAGACAUCGACUCGGCUGGCCGCCUGAGAUGCCGCUAUCAUGGCUGGUGCUUCAAUUCCGACGCGGGGAACUGCGUGAAGGUCCCCAUGGCGCAGAAUGCCAAGGACAAUGCCCGCAUGUGUGGCAUGGCUCGGACCUCUUUGACCAGCUUUCCAGUUCAAGUGAAGCAGGGCCUGGUGUGGAUCUUCCCCUACCUGGGCCCUGACGCGGAGGUCGUUUCCAAGCGCUCCGCGCCCUGCGUGACCCCCGAGUGCGACGACGUGGAGUGGGUGAUGACCACGGCGCCCGUGGGCUACCAGGUCUCGGUGGAGAAUACCUUCGACCCAUCUCAUGCGCCCUUCCUUCACAACGGUAUCAUCAAGUACUCCCCAGAGAAGGCCAUUCCCAUGUCGAAGUUCGAGCUCCGAGACGGCGAGAUCUCCGGGAAGCGCGGCUUCGUCCUGGAGCACGACGGCUACGACCAAGGACGGCACGGACGGCGUGAUGGCCACACGGCAAUUCGUGCCGCCCUGCUCCAACACCACCGUGUACAAAUACAAGGAUCGCCGUGUGGAGACCACCCAGCUCUACUUCGUGCCCUGCGGCCCCCACGAGACGCGCUACAUCGCGAACUUGGGUCAGCCGGUCAACAAGAAGAUGCCCGAGUUUGUCACGGAUAUUCUGCAUGUGCUUUUCUUCAACAAGAUCUUCGGCUAUCGCUUCCAAGAGCAAGACCUCUUGGCGAUGCGAGGCCAGGAGAGGAACUUGCAUGA